UGCAGGAUGUUGUGCCAAAACAACUACUGCACCACUGGAUCGAGUAAAGAUUUUGCUGCAAGCUCAUAACCACCAUUACAAACAUCUAGGAGUGUUUUCUACGUUGUGUGCUGUCCCCAAAAAGGAAGGUUACCUUGGGCUGUAUAAAGGAAACGGGGCAAUGAUGAUUAGAAUCUUUCCCUAUGGCGCAAUUCAAUUUAUGGCAUUUGACCAAUAUAAAAAGGUAAUAAAGAAGCAACUUGGGAUUUCAGGGCAUGUGCAUCGAUUAAUGGCUGGAUCCAUGGCAGGUAUUACAGCAGUGAUUUGUACUUACCCUCUUGAUAUGGUUAGAGUUCGUCUGGCGUUCCAAGUAAAAGGGGAACACAAGUACAUGGGAAUUAUCCAUGCAUUCAAGAUGAUUUACACAAAGGAAGGUGGUUUUAGUGGGUUCUACAGAGGGCUGAUGCCAACUGUUGUAGGAAUGGCGCCAUAUGCGGGUUUUUCAUUUUUUACCUUUGGUACCUUAAAGAGCAUUGGACUUGCUCAAGCACCUAACUUGCUUGGACGGCCUUCAUUAGAUAAUCCCGAUGUCUUAGUUUUGAAAACACAUGUAAAUCUGCUGUGUGGUGGCAUAGCUGGAGCAAUAGCUCAGACGAUAUCAUAUCCCCUUGAUGUAACUCGUAGGCGAAUGCAGUUAGGAGCGGUUCUCCCAGACUCUGAAAAGUGCCUUACAAUGGUGCAGACACUGAAAUAUGUGUAUCAACAACAUGGAAUACGAAGAGGAUUGUACCGUGGCUUAUCUCUAAAUUAUAUUCGUUGUAUUCCUUCCCAGGCUGUGGCUUUCACCACAUAUGAACUUAUGAAACAAUUCUUGCACCUCAACUAAUUUUUUUUUUAGAAGACUUUCCUGUAAAACUACACUAUCAGUCCUCAGAUUAUAUUGGUGAGUAAAUUACUUGAAGUUUAAAAAAAAAAAGCUAUCUGUUACUGUGGAACUGCUGUUGUCUGACGUUUUUAUUUGCCAAAAUGUGGUUAAUUUCCUGGAGUGAAACCAGGAGACAGAUCAUAAUAAACAUUAGUUAGCUAUAAACAUUUUUUUGCACUUGAUCUUCUAGGUGUCAUUAGAUUCAUGUUAAGAAUUACGCAGUUUUAAAAUCACACCCACAUUUUAUAUGGGUUUCAAGCUGUUAGUUCUUUAGCUUUAUCACCAUUCCAAGAGUUACACACAUGGUUAUAUUGCUUUUUAAGCUAGUAGUUAGACAUCUGUUCUUUAAAAAUUAAAUUGAAUAAACUGAUAUGAACAGAAUGCAGUGAUUUUCAUAUUCAGAUACUUGCCUGCUCUGUAGAAGCUGAACUCAGCAGACCACAACUUAAGCAUCUUUUCAUUCUUUUUUUGUACAAGUUUUCUGUAUGCAAGAACAAUGCAUAUAUCUUCAGAUUGGUACAUAUGAGUCUCUUCAACCGUUUCAGUAAAAAAUGACAAGAUCUAUUUAACAUUAUUAGAAAUCUUGCAAUUUGGAAGCCAGUUUCUUGGCAUACAUGCUAUUCUAAAAAAUGGUGUAUCUACACAAAUAAAACCAGGGGGGAACUUUUACAGUGACAAGUGCUAGAAAAGGUUUUCUUAAGGCAGUUAGCAUGGGCCUAAUCUUACAAGGCAUUUCUGUACCUUUUCUGGAGCUGAAAUGUUCUCGAUUCAGUUUAUUGAAGGCUGGGUAUUUUAUGUACUAUCCAGUACUAGCUUGUGUAAACAGGUUUGUCACUACCUUAAAACAUGGUGACAAACAAGACUGCAUGCUGCUGCAUUUACUUAUUUAGGCAUAUGGACCACAUUGAACCUCUUGUGCAAGAAAAGAAAAUGAAGACUGUAUUGGAGUCUGUAGAUGUGUAUAUGUACUGUUUCUAAAGUAUGGUAUGCAAUAGACUAUUACAUGUUUUCCUCCUCCUACAAUUCCUUUUAUAGAGGGAAUUAUUUUCCAGACUUGUUUAUACAUGAUUUGCAUUGGUACUCUUGAUUUUACUCACUUGAUUCAGGAAACUGUAAAGCAUUUACUUUAAGUGAUGUAAGUUAUUUAUUUAUUGUAAAUAUUUUAGCAGUGUCUUUUAAUAAUUGGUAAUGGUUACGUUAAGUGGCGGAUGGUGAGAUUGAUUUGCUUAAUUUUGUCAAAUUUGACAAACCAAAUUUUGAGUUAUAUAUUCAAUACCAACUUUUGUGGCUCUUUUGUUUUUUCCCCAGUUUCUUAAAAGUAUGUAUUUCUUUGAUAUUUAACAAUGUAGCUGCAGACGAGAAUGAGAUGUAUUUGAUUUAUUUUAUUAAAAAUUUUGAAC